UCUUCGCGUUCGACAUGAAGAGCGAGGCGUGGAGGCUCAUUGUUCUCCCGCCGGAGCUGGAGGACAGAACAGACAGGUGGGCGGGCAAGAAGAAGCUGGUGACGGUGGAUGGCAAGUUGUGCCUGGUAGUGAUCGUGGGUGAGGAGGCGGAGGUGUGGGUGAUCACUGACUACGGCAGGCAGCAGGAGAGAUGGGAGAAGAAGAUGGCGGUGAACUUGAAGAAUCUCGGGAUGCAGGAAGGGAGAGCCCUUAUACUCAGGGAUCUCUGCUCCUCCGAGGUCGCAUUCUUCGACAGUGUAUACAGAGUGAUCUGGUACGAUUUUUGGAGGGGCAAGAUAGCAGAAGUCCCCGUGCAUCACAAAUGCAUACAAGAAGUUUUCAAGUAUGAGUCGGAUUUGGUCCCUUGGGACAUCGAUGAAAACAAAAUCUAGACUGAUGACACUGCAAAGUUUGCGUUUCGGAAGACGCGAUCUCUAGAAUUGCCAAUCUUGCAGUGGCAUCUACUCUCCGUAUCCUGGUUGAGCCUCUCUCUUUUUCGUGAGAGAAGGAAUCAACAAAUCUUGAUGAUGUCGACAAAUUCAAUUACCUCCGUCUUUGAUUAUCACCAAUUAGCUCCGUCAUUUAUUAACACCACUUCAGGUCAAUAAAUUGUGUUAAAUUUUGUUGGA